AUGGCCUGUAACAACCACACUGUACUUAGGGACAACUAUGGAGGCAAGAUAACAUCCAUCAAAGGCAUACGCGUUAAGUCGUCGUCGUGCAACGGGCCUGCUAAACGGACGCGAAAGGUAGGUUCGUUCGGACCUGACCGUAUGGCUACCAUGAAGUCUGUUAGUGAUGUGUCCAAGACGAACUCAAAGGUCGCAAACGUUAAGUUAUCGUGCGACAAGUUUCGCCGAGGAAGCGGCAAGAAGUCGGUGGGAACAGUAGACCAAGCGAUCCUCGAGAGAAAAAUAUUUACCGCGGUGGCCAAGAUGCCGGCAAAGAUAGAAACGAAGUUGAUCGAGAAUGGCUGGAUCGGCAAAAUUAAGGUCGACGACGGCUAUUACCGACGGGGUGAUCCCACCGUAAUAUUAUCGUUACACAGCAAUGCCGAACGCGUUAAGGCGGUCGUCAAGCGUUACGAGUCCGGUCUGGUGUGGAUGGACGAGUACAGCGGCGGCGUCAACUGGUUGACGCUGCACCCGGACGUUGUGGUCAACCGGUUCCCUAGGAACUCGAACGCCGCGUUGAAAUUGUGUGGCCACUCUUUGGCUGGGAAAUCAGAGUUCGACGUCCACUUCCCGAGGGCGUACCCAGUAAGCCCCGGCGGGAUACACAUGGACAGCUUCAUCGCGGACUACUCGAUAACCGCUUGCGUAUCGUUACUGCGUGCAUUCGUGGAUGGCGGUCAUCGUGUUAUGUGUUCGAAAAACGGUCAAGCUCCUCUUUCGGCACUCCAUUUCGCCGCGAUUAAAUGCCACCAAUACUUAACGGGUGACAAAUCGCUAGAGGCAACAACGUUUCCGGGUAAGGGAGCUGGCUGGGAAACGUUUUUCGAACACUAUUACAUGAUCGUGCACGACCGGAAGAAGUUUUCUGUCCCAGGGACGGGUGACGAUGUUGAAGCGGCGUUGUGCUAUCUGACGGCGUCUAGUAUACUGAUCGUGAACAAGAUGACGGCGGCGAGGCCACAGACGACGAUGGACGGCUACGAGAACACUUGGAUAGUCAAGGAUACGAUGGGCAAAAACCGGCCGGUGAUGUUGAACAAGAUCAGUGACGUGCUAGCCCGUUGCGCACGGGAGGGUAAAGACGACCGUAUCGUGCAGAAAUACAUCGAGACGCCGCUGUUGCGCGACAACGUCAAGUCGGACGUGCACACGUGGAUCGUGCUAUCGACGAUUGAUGGCAAGCUGACGGUGUGGCUGCACCGGAUGUGUGCAGUGCAACCGUACCAGCACAGAUUCUCGCUGUACCAGAACUCUGACAAGUCCGGGCACUUCAAUCGGCUCAAAUCAGGAAAGCUGCACGGGAUGGUGCGGUCGACGGCCGUGAUUUGCAGCCUCAAACAGCUCGAGGCAAAGAUGCGGCGUAGUACAAAAGUGGACAAGGCGCAGCAACAGAAAAAGCAACAACAGGUGAACGACAAAGUCAGCGACCGUGAAAACGCCGACGACGUCUACACGGCGAUUAGGCGAUCUGUGGUGUCGGUAGUAACCGCGGCCGUGAAGUCCGGCUCUCUCAAGCUGCGACCCAACUGUUUGGAACUGUUUCGUGGUACGUUUGUGUUGGGUGAAGACUUAAGGCCGUGGCUGAUAGACAUCGUGUCGGAUGACCCGUGUCUAGCCGCCGACUGCAAAGAUCGCGACCGCGUGGUGCCUGCGGCUACCCGCGUAGCCCGGAGCACAGUCCAGGGCAUUGGUAUGAUGCUGGUCGAAAGAAGUCGUGGUCGGGCUACCCGGAUUGGCAUGUUCGACAUGAUCCAUGAGUGCCCGAUGCCAGCCGGCGCCAAAUCCUACGCACCGCAACGGUUCACCGCGUCCAAGAUGCUGAAGAGCAGGACCCACAAGCCACGCUUGAUCACACGGGCGUCACGCAGAGACUAUUCGGACGACUGUUACCAUAAUCCAUGGUGGAAUGACGACAACAUCCACACGUACGUUGAGAUGAUUAGCGCGGACGACGUACAGGAUAAAGUGCAGACGCCCUCUUUGGCGACCGAUGUACUGACGGAGGUGGCAGCGCCGGUGACAGCAGACGACGUGGAUCUGUUUGCCGGGUCGGCCAAGAACUGCGAUCUUUGCGACCCACACGAAAGCCGUCAGUGUCUAAAGCUGCUGGACAAGCGCAAGACAAAAAUCGUGUCCGUUCAAAUGAUUUGCAAAACAAUUAUACGCCGAAACCGCAAUAAGAAACUUAACUCGUGA